UGGAUGUCUGGUAGUGUUAGCAGGGUGGUGGAUUUAGGUCUGCAAAAUUUAUCUACAUGAUUCAGAGUGUGACAAAGUAAAGAUAUUCAGGCUCAUCAUGCAUUUGCUGCAUUGUACGAAGUAGAUAGAUGAGUCAAUGGAGAUGCUUGCUGUCUAUGUAAUGUGAGGUAUUGUCACAAGGGAACAUGUGUCCACAUGGAACUGAUUGAUCAGUGAAGGUUGGACCGCAAUACUCGUUUACAGUGUGCUGUGUUUACUAGUGUUAACGCUGGCAUAGGUUGGGGACGUCAGAUUCAGCAUCAGAUUCCAGGAUUUCAUGAUUAGAGAAGGGCCAGCUUAUGUUCAGUAAAGUACAGAGGAAUGACAACCUGAAUCUUUGAUCUUCACCAGAAAUGUCCAGCACAUGACGAAAAGGAAUUCUGGUACUGUAGCUGACUCGGCCAGUCUGUCUCUUGUUUGAGGAAGCAUGUUUUCUGUUAGAUAAAUGCUGACUUAAUUGUAUGUUAUAUAGAUGCUGAUUAAUUGGAUAGGGACUUUUGUGUUAAUUGGGUGGAAUAUCACCAUCUCGUUACUGUGAAUUGGUAUUCAUACUGUAUGAAUAGGUGACACCGGGUGAUUUCAUGAAAAGAACUGGUGUACUUCCUAUGAAGCAUUAAGGUAGACAAAUGGAAAUUACUCAGUGAUGCUGAAGGAUACAGGUGUGGUGGAAGGCUCGAAUUGUUUUUCAUCAUAAACUUGUUUUAUAUUGUGAUACUGAUAGGACAGAAUGGCUGAUAAAAGGCCGUAAUUUGCCCAUUGCUUGUCAAUAAAGAUCAACUGUCGGAUCAUCAGCCAGAGGUCUCCAAUACACUCUGGUAGUUGAAAACAAGAAAAGAACAACGAUGACUUGAAGGUCAACAGGGAACUACAAUCAAGAUUCACUAAAAUCAAGAUAUGGAUCAGAGUGAAGGAGAUGAGACGAGGAAGUGUUUCAUUCCAAAAGUUGAAAUGCGCACAGGAUUAUUUCGUGGCAGUAAAAACAAGAGUAACUCCUACACUGUUCCCAAUGCCUAUACCGAUACCCAAGGCUCAACUAUACCAAAUUACAAUGCUACAUACUUAGAUCCCAAGACAACAUACCAGACGUAUGAGAAAGGUGACAUACGUUCCACCAUUCCCCUGUACGGACAUGCCCGCAGUAGUGUACAGGCUCAGCUUUAUAACUUCCUUGAGAGACCCACCGGCUGGAAGUGCUUCAUCUAUCAUUUUACUGUGUUCAUGAUGGUCCUCAUCUGCCUUAUCUUCAGUGUCUUAUCCACUAUUGAUCAGUACUCUGGCUUUGCUAUGGAAACACUUUACUAUAUGGAAAUUGUUUUGGUUAGUUUCUUUGGUGUAGAAUAUGCUGUGCGGCUUUGGUCAGCUGGAUGUCGUAGUAAAUACAUGGGAUUAAAGGGUAGAAUUAAGUUUGCCAGGAAACCUAUAUCUAUAAUAGAUCUUAUAGUGGUAGUAGCUUCAAUAGGCGUGUUUAGUGUGGGUUCCGAGGGACAAGUUUUUGCUACCUCAGCUAUACGGGGGGUGCGGUUUUUACAGAUUUUACGAAUGUUACAUGUAGAUAGACAAGGUGGCACGUGGAGACUGUUAGGGUCUGUCAUAUAUUUACACCGACAGGAGUUAAUUACAACAUUGUACAUUGGAUUUCUGGGCCUUAUAUUUUCCUCCUACUUUGUAUAUCUCGCGGAAAGAGAUGAAAGCCGAGAUGACUUUUCCAGCUAUGCAGAUGCUCUUUGGUGGGGUGUUAUAACUGUGAUGACUAUAGGUUAUGGUGACAAGGUACCACAGACGUGGAUGGGUAAAAUUGUUGCUUCCUGUUUUGCUGUUUUCGCUAUAUCCUUCUUUGCUCUCCCUGCUGGUAUUUUGGGAUCAGGGUUUGCCCUGAAGGUACAACAGAAACAACGACAGAAACAUUUCAACCGACAGAUCCCAGCAGCAGCAACACUUAUACAGUGUGUUUGGAGAUGCUAUGCUGCGGACCCAACAUCAAACUCUGAAGCAACCUGGAAAAUUCAUAUCCAUGACUCGUCCAAUGAGGAGACUAUGCUAGCCCGCAUGGCCAGACGUGCCAGCCUCACAUUACGCAAGCGACGGUCAUCGCGCAUGGACUCCAUUUCCAUUGGUAAUCACAUCCACAGGGAGAGCCUCACCAGUUUCUACCAGGAAGACAAAAUUGGGACUCCUCGCAGUCACAGACGGGACAGUUCACGUCCUACCGUUAUGGCCAACCAUCCUAGUGUUGGAAGUAAUGACCAGUACGAGGACGCAAUAGAAUAUGACCUAGACGAUGUGGAGAAAGUUGUGCAAUUAACAGAUGCUCACAAAACAGCUAUACGGGUACUGCGAAAAAUUAAAUACUUUGUUGCCAGACGAAAGUUUCAGCAAGCAAGGAAACCAUAUGAUGUUCGAGAUGUUAUUGAGCAAUAUUCUCAAGGUCAUCUUAAUAUGAUGGUCAGAAUCAAAGAGUUACAACGAAGGUUAGACCAGACACUAGGCAAGCCAGGGACGCUAUACUCCAACUGUUACAAAGAUAGGGAAAGGAUGACAAUUGGUGCUAGAAUUGUCCGCAUGGAGACACAGAUGCAGAAAACGGACCAGAAGCUAGACCAGGUGAUAUUUCUUCUUAACACCUGGCUUAAGUCGAAACCAGUGAAUACAGACGCGUUAGAGGAUGAAGUAUGAUUAGUUAAGUGUAGCAAAUUAUUUACUGCGUUUCCAUGGCAGCAAAAUUCCUUUAUUUUCUUUAACAGUUUGAGAGCUACCAGCCUUGCAUUUUAAUCAAUUCAGUUCAGCAUAAUGGUUCUUGUAAAAAGUAAUGAAGCAAGGAAAUCACAUAUAGGUGUGGUUACAUAAUAUACAAGGAAGUUACCACUUUUAGGUAUUUUAAUACAAUCUUUUGUAUUUUAGUAGGAAUGUCAAGUGCAAUAAACGAAAAUGAUUUUAUAAAUUUAGAUAAUGUAGAGUACUUAAAAGACACCCGUAUUUAUACAUUUUUCUAUAUAAAAUGGGAAAGUGCAAUUGAUGUGUUGUUCAUUCCAAAAUGACAUAUUUCAUCAUUCUUUUAUUACACAUUCGUUUCUUAUACAUUGCAUGGCAUGUACAUGCGUAACAUUUAAAAUUUGUUAUGUUCCCUUCCGAAAUAAAGUUAUUUAUCAAUAUUAUUUAUUAUGAUACCAAACCAUGUUACCCCAAAUUUGUUGUAAUAAUUAUAUAUACAUGUAUAUGCGUUAUGGU